AGUCGAACCUUGUCGAACUCACGUUUUGUCACUGACGAGCAGCCAAAACAUCCAAUAGGCGAUUACACUUUACGCAGAGUCUCCGCCCAUUGUCAAAUCAUCCUCCUGGUGAUUGAUUCCAGCAGAUGCGAGCGAGGUAAAGACGCUACCACAGGCAUGCCACUGGCCCGUAGUUUGUCGGUCACCUCCCUGUCUGGUCUUGAGGACUGGGACGAAGAGUUUGAUCGGGAGGAUGCAGUCCUGUUUGAGAUCGCGUGGGAGGUCGCCAAUAAAGUUGGUGGCAUCUACACCGUGAUCCAGACCAAAGCACGUAUGACCUGCGAGGAAUGGGGCGAGAACUACUUUCUGGUGGGCCCCUAUACGGAGUCCAAUGUCAGGACGCAAGUGGAGCUGAUUGAGGCACCUAAUGCACCUCUUAGGAGAACCAUUGAAAAAAUGAACAACAGUGGGUGCAAGGUAUAUUUCGGGCGAUGGCUUAUCGAAGGGUCUCCAUAUGUAAUUCUAAUAGAUGUGGGUUUCACGGCAUGGUCUCUGGACCGCUGGAAGAGCGAGCUGUGGGAAAACUGUAAUAUCGGUGUGCCCUGGUUUGACAGAGAGGCAAACGAUGCCGUACUCUUUGGCUUCCUCACUGCUUGGCUAUUGGGAGAGUACGCAGCUCAGUGUGAGGACCCCCCUCAUAUUGUGGCGCAUUUUCACGAGUGGCUGGCAGGUUUGGGCCUCGUGUUAUGCAGGCAGCGCCAGUUACCCGUAGCAACCAUCUUUACCACGCACGCCACCCUGCUCGGCCGAUACCUGUGUGCCGGGAAUGUCGACUUCUACAACAACCUUGCAGAGUUUAAUGUGGAUAAAGAGGCAGGUGACAGGCAGAUAUAUCACAGGUACUGUCUGGAGCGCUCCGCAGCCCGCUGUGCACACGUCUUUACCACCGUCUCUCAGAUCACCGCCAUUGAGGCUGAGCACCUACUAAAACGCAAACCAGACAUUGUGACUCCAAACGGUCUGAAUGUGAAAAAGUUUUCAGCCAUGCACGAGUUCCAGAAUCUACAUGCUCAGAGUAAAGCACGCAUCCAGGAGUUUAUCAGAGGGCAUUUCUACGGGCAUUUAGAUUUUAACCUUGACAAGACGGUGUUUCUUUUCAUCGCCGGACGCUAUGAAUUCUCCAACAAAGGAGCUGAUAUUUUUCUUGAAGCGUUGGCCAGACUUAACUACCUACUAAGAGUGAAUCACAGUGAGAUCACGGUAAUAGCAUUCUUCAUCAUGCCUGCUCGUACCAACAACUUCAAUGUGGAAACCCUGAAGGGUCAAGCCGUACGAAAACAGCUCUGGGACACUGCACAUACCGUGAAAGAGCGCUUUGGGAAAAAACUCUAUGAAUCACUUUUAGUAGGACAGUUGCCUGAUGUGUCUAAGAUGUUAGAUAAAGAAGAUUUCACCAUUAUGAAGCGUGCCAUCUUCGCCAACCAGCGGCAGUGCCAGCCUCCCAUCUGCACCCACAACAUGCUGGAGGACAGUAGUGACCCAAUCCUCAACUGCAUUCGCCGCAUCGGCCUCUUCAACAGCUCUCAGGACAGAGUCAAGGUGAUCUUCCAUCCAGAGUUUCUCUCCUCCACUUCUCCACUCCUGCCAAUGGACUACGAGGAGUUUGUACGAGGCUGCCACCUCGGAGUAUUUCCAUCUUACUAUGAGCCCUGGGGAUAUACACCAGCUGAGUGUACAGUGAUGGGUAUUCCAUCAAUUUCCACUAACCUGUCAGGAUUUGGCUGUUUCAUGGAGGAACACAUCGCUGAUCCAUCUGCUUAUGGUAUCUACAUUCUGGACCGUCGAUAUCGUGGAAUCGACGAGUCCUGCAAUCAGCUGACGUCUUUCCUGUUUCAGUUCUGUCAGCAGAGUCGUAGACAGAGGAUCAUUCAGAGGAACCGAACCGAGCGCCUCAGCGACCUUCUGGACUGGAGAUAUUUGGGCAGGUAUUACGUAUCUGCCCGUCAUAUGGCCUUAGCCAAAGCCUUCCCGGACACGUAUAUGUACGAGCCUCAAGAUCCUACUUCGACCGCAGGUUUCCGAUACCCACGACCUGCCUCUGUGCCCCCAUCCCCUGCCCACUCCCUUCACUCCUCGCCUCAUCACAGCGAGGCAGAGGAUGAGGACGAACGAUAUGAUGAAGAGCUGGAGGCGGAGAAAGACCGAGUUAACAUCCGCCAGCCGUAUAAUUCAAACCGGAAGAAUAAUACAGUCGACGUUCCUGAGAAAAACUAAAGGAAACAAUCAUAUGCACACACACACACACAUUCUGCAGCUUACUGUAAGUCAACUAUAUAUAUAUAAACACAAACACAUGCACACGUAAAACACAGUAAAAUUUACCUUGGCGUCUGUAGUUGUUGCUUCUGAAGAGAAAUAAAUGAGAUAUUUAUGUAUGUGGUGAGCCAUAGUAUAUCAUUUUUAAAUCUUUUGAGUCUCUGGAUUUCAAAAAUGUGUCUUUCACAUGAGGCCUAAUAUAACAAGAGAUUGAAGAUAAAAUGGUAGCUGAAGUUAGACAUUUCCUGGCCUAUUUAAAGCUGUAAAACAGAACAUGACACUGUGAGAAUACUGUCUACUGACAUAUUAUUCUAAUAAUAUAUUAAAUAAAAUAAAAAUAUCUAAGUAUUUAUAGAUAGACCUUUAUUGUGAAUGUAAACCAUACUGAAUUCUUUAAAUAAUGCCAUGAUGGUUGUUAGCCCAUAAGAAAAGUAAUAUAUUUGAAGAUUUUAAUACCCUACAGAUUUUCUUUUGCACUAUUAUGUACCCACACAGGCACAAUGACUAUUCACUUAUUUCACAGUUAUUUUGGUUAAAUAAAUCUAAUGUAGCUUAUGCUAGCUAGCCAAACCAAUACACUGGAGCAUCAUUGGUACUGUAACACACAUAAACACCAGCACACUGUUUGAGUUUAUUGUUUGUGUCACGACUGUAGAAUUGAGAUUAAAGUCUGCAAAAUUAUUAAAAUGA